UUAAAUGUAUGAUUUGCAGAUAUUUCUUUUUAUAUAUCCUGUUUACAAAUUUUCUGAACUUCUCUUGCUGCUCAUUUAUAUAAAGUUGGGAUGAGUUAUGUCACCUGAAGCAGUCAAGAUAAGACUGUUUCUACUGCUAUCCAUGUGGCAGGCUUACUUUGUUACCCAAUCCAGUGAAAAAGGGUGCCAGGAUGUGAAAGAAAAAUAGAUGUGAUGCCAUGGAACAUUCUAGGGAAUUAUCUUUUUUAGAGAGAAUUUUGAUUAAAAUUUUGCGUAUUUUUAAAACUCAUAUUCUUAGUCUGAAGAGUUGGAUAUAACGCUGAGUGUGUGUCUUAAAGCUAAUAGUAUAAAAAGAGAAGUAUAAAAUUUAAAUUAAUCAUACAACUUUCUUUCCCUAACUUUAUGAAUUGAUUUUUUGCAAUUUCUGGAGCUAACAUGCUGAAUGUUUGAAACUGAGUAUGUAGGUUAAAAAGUUGAAAUUUUCCUAAUAAAAUUAUAUCUCUUUCUAAGGUAUAACUGUUUCUUUCUUUGAUUGUAGUAAAAGGAGCAUCUGUGGUUCUUCAGAGGUUUUAAUUUUGCUGCCAGCUAGUUGUGUGACUUUGAGUAAAUAAUGUCACGUGACUGGACCUGUUUCUUUAUUUGUAAAAUUGUGUGUGGUGUUAAAUUCCAAGACUGUUUUUAAAAAAUUUUUUGUAGAGACUGGGUCUUGCUUUGUUGCCAAGGCUUGUCUGAACUCCUGGUUUCAAGCAGUUUUCCCCACUUUGAUCUCACAAACUGUUGGGAUUAUAGGCAUAAGCCUCCAUGCCUGACCAAAUUGUAAAACUCUUAUAAUGGAUGAGUAGAAUAUAGUUAAGAUUAUAUAAAAACACAAGUCACUUCAUGAUCAUCAUCUGCUGGAAUAUGAAACCAGCUUUCUUGUGUAGAUAUGUUAUCAGCAAUGUUAUUCACACCAAGAGGAUCAUUCUGUGGUUUUUAAUUCAUGAUUUUGUAAUCUGAUAGUGACUUUUCAUUAUGUCUCCUGAUUUAAAAUUAAAUUACAGCCAUUAUGAUUGGAAUCAUUGGGAAGAGUUGAAAUAAACAAUUUAGAAUUGUUUCUGCAAUACUGAAGGCCUGAUUUUGGGGGGUGUGGGGCUGAUGGAGGAGAUAUCUCUAUGUUCUGUAAUUUCAUUUGACUAAGGAAUUUACCUUUGGUCUUCUUCCAGAGUGAGGACAUGAAUACUUCCAUAGCUGUAUUCCGUAUUAAUCACAGUUUGCUUUGUGGGUUUCAUUAGGCUAAAUAAGAAAAACGUAGUUAUAUAUUUUCUGCUUUAAAAAUGCUUCUUGUUAUAAAGUCUUCUCAGAUCAGUUCCACAUGUGAUAAACCUAUUCAAACUAUUAAACUGCCCCAAUAUGCUUGCUUCUUUCUUGGAAAUCUAUCCAUUUCUGUGUCUUUAUGUACCACUCACUCUCCCCCAUCAUGUUUUAGGUUAUAAGCUCCUUUCCUUUGUAUCUCAUAGCACCCAGGAAAGAACUUUGUUAGUCUCUGAAUAGUUUACAAAUGUUAUUGCUAUUGAGAAUUUUGGAUUUAAAUUAUUGGAGUGAAUAGACUAAUGCUGUUUCUAGUAUAUCUAACUGGGGGGUCGGUGUUAUUAACUCAAAGACACAACAGUUUAAGCUCUAGGCUUUGUUUCUGAAGUCCAUUUUUCUUAAUCAUAAGCUGAUUAUUCACUUUAUAUUAUCUUAUAUAAUGCCUUGGUAUCAGGUUAUUGAUAGGUAAACAUCAGGAAUAGGUUGGAUAGAUACGCAUGCGUGUGUACACAUGCACAUGUAUGUGAAAGAGAGAGAGAAGGAUUACACAUAGAAUAUAUGAGAAUUUGAGAUGUGUGUAAUGUUUAUAACUCAACUGAGUCUUACAUAGCUGUCUAGUUAUGUACACUUAAUUUUGGAUCUUUUAUAGUUAAAAUUCAGAAACAAUUUUUAAGGAAGAUAAGGACAUGUUUUUCUUUCCUUCGUGUUUUCAGUUUAGCUUUAUUUGAUUGUAUUUUUGCUAAAGACUUGAAUUGUCAAUAAUAGCUAUUGAAAUGAGCCAACUUAUAGCUGAGCACAAAUUAUGUUAGGGCACUGAGAUAUAUCUUAACAUUUGGGAAUAAUUUAAUGUGUCUAAUAUUUAAGAACGAUCAAAACAGACUGUACAACCCAAUAAUCAUAAAGCCUAUGGUCGAAAAUCAUAUAUAAUUGACAGGCCCUAUGAAGAGCAGCCGUAAGAAUCAAGAGAAAAAGAGUCUAAAUUGGAACAGAAAAGGAGCUGAGUCAUUUUUGUACUAUAAUUAGAAGUUGGUAACCAUAAAUUUUGUCAAAAAGUAUCAUGAUCAGGCAGGGUUACACUAAAGUGUAACCUCUAACUUCUUGUAGUAUAUAGUUUUACAAUUAGUUGAUGAUUUAAUAAAUAUAAAUAUAGAUGAUACUGUCAGAGUGUUUCCAGACAUUACAGUUAGCUUUUAGGUGAAGGCAGUGCUUGACAGAACCUAGGUUUGUGACUCCAUAAUUUAUUAUGUCAUCUAAUACCAUCUUUAUCAUGUAUUAAUUUGGGUUAUAGGAUAAUUGGGGUAACUUUUUGGUGAGAGAUUGAGAUUUUCUUAAAAGCAUUUUCAGAAGAUACUAGAAUUUUAUGGGAUUCUUUUAAUAUAGCAUGUCUUCUCAAAUAUAAUAUUAGGACUGUUUGAACAGGAGGUAAAUCAUGUUCACUUUAUUUUCCAGUUUAGAAUUAUUGCUGUUAUCAGUUGGUGGGUGUGGGAACAACUUAAUAAAGUUUGGGUAAUUUAGUUUUCAGUUUAAAUUCUCAACUGGCAAUUGGCCGAAAACUCCCAUCUGAAGACAUGAUCAUCCAAAUGUCAUUUUGUGAUUUGGCUACUGUCUGCUUGAUAUAGGAAAGCACUAUCAAGAAAGACUAUUGGAGUGACUAUCAAAAGGAAGUCAAUGAUUUCUUAAGAAUUUACAACAAAGCCCUGUCAAAGCAGCAUGCUUAUGUGAGAAUUUCACUUAUGGGAGUGUUCUUAUACGAUUUCAAGAAGGAGUGCCCUGAAGAGGGACACUGAUUUCCUCAACUGAACUUAAAAUUGUUACAUGCAGACAUUUUUUAAAGGACAACCUUAAACUUCCACCACAAGAGGAAUAUAAAGAGGUCCCUCCUGCACCAAGAAAGAUCUGCAGAUCUUUUUCAGUGUUCUUGGAGGUGUGGGGUGUGAGAACUUGAUCAGUUUGUGUCAGCCACCUUGUUCUCUAAAGUUACAAAUUAUAAUACUGUGGUAGAAACAAAUUCAGAUUCAGAUGAUGAAGACAAACUCCAUAUUGUGGAAGAAGAAAGUGUUACAGAUGCAGCUGAUUGUGAAGGUGUACCAGAGGAUGACCUGCCAACAGACCAGACAGUGUUACCAGGGAGGAGCAGUGAAAGAGAAGGGAAUGCUAAGAACUGCUGGGAGGAUGACACAGGAAAGGAAGGGCAAGAAAUCCUGGGGCCUGAAGCUCAGGCAGAUGAAGCAGGAUGUACAGUAAAAGAUGAUGAAUGCGAGUCAGAUGCAGAAAAUGAGCAAAACCAUGAUCCUAAUGUUGAAGAGUUUCUGCAACAACAAGACACUGCUGUCAUUUUUCCUGAGGCACCUGAAGAGGACCAGAGGCAGGGUACACCAGAAGCCAGUGGUCAUGAUGAAAAUGGAACACCAGAUGCAUUUUCACAGUUACUCACCUGUCCAUAUUGUGAUAGAGGCUAUAAACGCUUUACCUCUCUGAAAGAACACAUUAAAUAUCGUCAUGAAAAGAACGAAGAUAACUUUAGUUGCUCCCUGUGCAGUUACACCUUUGCAUACAGAACCCAACUUGAACGUCACAUGACAUCACAUAAAUCAGGAAGAGAUCAAAGACAUGUGACGCAGUCUGGGUGUAAUCGUAAAUUCAAGUGCACUGAGUGUGGAAAAGCUUUCAAAUACAAACACCACCUAAAAGAGCACUUAAGAAUUCACAGUGGAGAGAAGCCAUAUGAAUGCCCAAACUGCAAGAAACGCUUUUCCCAUUCUGGCUCCUAUAGCUCACACAUAAGCAGUAAGAAAUGUAUCAGCUUGAUACCUGUGAAUGGGCGACCAAGAACAGGACUCAAGACAUCUCAGUGUUCUUCACCGUCUCUUUCAGCAUCACCAGGCAGUCCCACACGACCACAGAUACGGCAAAAGAUAGAGAAUAAACCCCUUCAGGAACAGCUUUCUGUUAACCAAAUUAAAACUGAACCUGUGGAUUAUGAAUUCAAACCCAUAGUGGUUGCUUCAGGAAUCAACUGUUCAACCCCUUUACAAAAUGGGGUUUUCACUGGUGGUGGCCCAUUACAGGCAACCAGUUCUCCUCAGGGCGUGGUGCAAGCUGUUGUUCUGCCAACAGUUGGUUUGGUGUCUCCCAUAAGUAUCAAUUUAAGUGAUAUUCAGAAUGUACUUAAAGUGGCAGUAGAUGGUAAUGUAAUACGACAAGUGUUGGAGAAUAAUCAAGCCAAUCUUGCAUCCAAAGAACAAGAAACAAUCAAUGCUUCACCCAUACAACAAGGUGGCCAUUCUGUUAUUUCAGCCAUCAGUCUUCCUUUGGUUGAUCAAGAUGGAACAACCAAAAUUAUCAUCAACUAUAGUCUUGAGCAGCCUAGCCAACUUCAAGUUGUUCCUCAAAAUUUAAAAAAAGAAAAUCCAGUUGCUACAAACAGUUGUAAAAGUGAAAAGUUACCAGAAGAUCUUACUGUUAAGUCUGAGAAGGACAAAAGCUUUGAAGGGGGGGUGAAUGAUAGCACUUGUCUUCUGUGUGAUGAUUGUCCAGGAGAUAUUAAUGCACUUCCAGAAUUAAAGCACUAUGACCUAAAGCAGCCUACUCAGCCUCCUCCACUCCCUGCAGCAGAAGCUGAGAAACCUGAGUCCUCUGUUUCAUCAGCUACUGGAGAUGGCAAUUUAUCUCCCAGUCAGCCACCUUUAAAGAACCUCUUGUCUCUCCUAAAAGCAUAUUAUGCUUUGAAUGCACAACCAAGUGCAGAAGAGCUCUCAAAAAUUGCUGAUUCAGUAAACCUACCACUGGAUGUAGUAAAAAAGUGGUUUGAAAAGAUGCAAGCUGGACAGAUUUCAGUGCAGUCUUCUGAACCAUCUUCUCCUGAACCAGGCAAAGUAAAUAUCCCUUCCAAGAACAAUGAUCAGCCUCAAUCUGCAAAUGCAAAUGAACCCCAGGACAGCACAGUAAACCUACAAAGUCCUUUGAAGAUGACUAACUCCCCAGUUUUACCAGUGGGAUCAACCACCAAUGGUUCCAGAAGUAGUACACCAUCCCCAUCACCUCUAAACCUUUCCUCAUCCAGAAAUACACAGGGUUACUUGUACACAGCUGAGGGUGCACAAGAAGAGCCACAAGUAGAACCUCUUGAUCUUUCACUACCAAAGCAACAGGGAGAAUUAUUAGAAAGGUCAACUAUCACUAGUGUUUACCAGAACAGUGUUUAUUCUGUCCAGGAAGAACCCUUGAACUUGUCUUGCGCAAAAAAGGAGCCACAAAAGGACAGUUGUGUUACAGACUCAGAACCAGUUGUAAAUGUAAUCCCACCAAGUGCCAACCCCAUAAAUAUCGCUAUACCUACAGUCACUGCCCAGUUACCCACAAUCGUGGCCAUUGCUGACCAGAACAGUGUUCCAUGCUUACGAGCACUAGCUGCCAAUAAGCAAACGAUUCUGAUUCCCCAGGUGGCAUACACAUACUCAACUACAGUCAGCUCUGCAGUCCAAGAACCACCCUUGAAAGUGAUCCAGCCAAAUGGAAAUCAGGAUGAAAGACAAGAUACUAGCUCAGAAGGAGUAUCAAAUGUAGAGGAUCAGAAUGACUCUGAUUCUACACCACCCAAAAAGAAAAUGCGGAAGACAGAAAAUGGAAUGUAUGCUUGUGACUUGUGUGAUAAGAUAUUCCAAAAGAGUAGUUCAUUAUUGAGACAUAAAUAUGAACACACAGGUAAAAGACCUCAUGAGUGUGGAAUCUGUAAAAAGGCAUUUAAACACAAACAUCAUUUGAUUGAACACAUGCGAUUACAUUCUGGAGAAAAGCCCUAUCAAUGUGACAAAUGUGGAAAGCGCUUCUCACACUCUGGGUCUUAUUCUCAACACAUGAAUCAUCGCUACUCCUACUGUAAGAGAGAAGCGGAAGAACGUGACAGCACAGAGCAGGAAGAGGCAGGGCCUGAAAUCCUCUCGAAUGAGCAUGUGGGUGCCAGGGCAUCUCCCUCACAGGGCGACUCGGACGAGAGAGAGAGUUUGACAAGGGAAGACGAUGAAGACAGUGAAAAAGAGGAAGAGGAGGAGGAUAAAGAGAUGGAAGAAUUGCAGGAAGAAAAAGAAUGUGAAAAACCACAAGGGGAUGAGGAAGAGGAGGAGGAGGAAGAAGAAGUGGAAGAAGAAGAGGUAGAAGAUGCAGAGAAUGAGGGAGAAGCAGCAAAACCUGAAGGUCUGAUGAAGGAUGACAGGGCUGAAAGUCAAGCAAGCAGCUUAGGACAAAAAGUAAGCGAGAGUAGUGAGCAAGUGUCUGAAGAAAAGACAAAUGAAGCCUGAUCGUUUUUCUAGAAGGAAAAUAAAUUCUAAUUGAUAAUGAAUUUUGUUCAAUAUUAUCCUUGCUUUUCAUGGAAACACAGUAACCUGUAUGCUGUGAUUCCUGUUCACUACUGUGUAAAGUAAAAACUAAAAAAAUACAAAAUACAAAAAAAAAACAAACACACACACACACACACACACACAAAAUAAAUCCGGGUGUGCCUGAACCUCAGACCUAGUAAUUUUUCAUGCAGUUUUCAAAGUUAGGAACAAGUUUGUAACAUGCAGCAGUUUAGAAAACCUUAAUGACUCAGAGAGCAACGAUAUAAGAGGUUAAAGGAAGCUGAUUAAUUAGAUAUGCAUCUGGCAUUGUUUUAUCUUAUCAGUAUUAAUUAUCACUCUUAUGUUGGUUUAUUCUUAAGCUGUACAAUUGGGAGAAAUUUUAUAAUUUUUUAUUGGUAAACAUAUGCUAAAUCCGCUUCAGUAUUUUAUUAUGUUUUUUAAAAUGUGAGAACUUCUGCACUACAAAAUUCCCUUCACAGAGAAGUAUAAUGUAGUUCCAACCCGUGCUAACUACCUUUUAUAAAUUCAAUCUAGAAGGUAGUAAUUUCUAAUAUUUAGAUGUCUUAGUAGAGCGUAUUAUCAUUUAAAGUGUAUUGUUAGCCUUAAGAAAGCAGCUGAUAGAAGAACUGAAGUUUCUUACUCAUGUGGUUUAAAAUGGAGUUCAAAAGAUUGCCAUUGAGUUCUGAUUGCAGGGACUAACAGUGUUAAUCUGGUAAGGACAGCAAAAUCGUCAGAAUCAGUGUUUGUGAUUGUGUUUGAAUAUGUGGUAACAUAUGAAGGAUAUGACAUGAAGCUUUGUAUCUCCUUUGGCCUUAAGCAAGACCUGUGUGCUGUAAGUGCCAUUUCUCAGUAUUUUCAAGGCUCUAACCCGCCUUCAUCCAAUGUGUGGCCUACAAUAACUAGCAUUUGUUGAUUUGUUUGUUGUAUCAAAAUUCCCAAAUAAAACUUAAAACCACUGACUCUGUCAGAGAAACUGAAACACUGGGAUAUUUCAUCCCUUCAGUUCCUCAGUAUUGAUUUUAUGUUAAUUGACUUUCAGAAUUUCUCUACAGAAACGAAAGGGAAAUUUUCUAAUCUGCUUUAUCCAUGUACUUGCAUUUCAGACAUGGACAUGCCAUUGCUAUUUGACUCAUAACUGUUUCCAAAUGUUAGUUAUUAUGGACCCAAUUUAUUAACAACAUUAGCUGAUUUUUACCUAUCAGUAUUAUUUUAUUUCUUUUAGUUUAUAGAUCUGUGCAACAUUUUUGUACUGUAUGUCUUCAAACCUGGCAGUAUUAAUACCCUUCUUACUGACAUAUGUACUUUUAGUUUUAGAAAACUUUUAUAUUUAUGUGUCUUAUUUUUAUAUUUCUUUAUUUAUUACACAGUGUAGUGUAUAAUACUGUAGUUUGUAUUAAUACAAUAAUAUAUUUUAGUAUGAAAAUUUGGAAAGUUGAUAAGAUUUAAAGUAGAGAUGCAAUUGGUUCUCCUGCAUUGAGAUUUGAUUUAACAGUGUUAUGUUAACAUUUAUACUUGCCUUGGACUGUAGAACAGAACUUAAAUGGGAAUGUAUUAGUUUUACAACUACAAUCAAGUCAUUUUACCUUUACCCAGUUUUUAAUAUAAAACUUAAAUUUUGAAAUUCACUGUGUGACUAAUAGCAUGAUGCUCUGCAGUUUUAUUAAGAAAUUAGCCUAACCAUAAAACUCUCAUUUCCUUAGUAAGCCAAAUUAGGAUUACCUUCUAUAAACAGUGUUGGGAACAAUGUUUAACAUUUUGUGCCAAUUUGUUCCUGUAUUCAUGUAUGUAAGUUACAGAUCUGACUCUUCAUUUUUAAGUUCCUUGUUACAUCAUGGUCAUUUUCUAGUUUUUUACCAGACUCCCCCCAUCUCACAAUAAAAUGCAUCAACAAGCCUGAACUGCUGUCAUUCUUUUCAUCAUUAUCAGUAUUUUCUUUGGAAAAUUGUGAAAUGGGGUACGUUGUCAUCCUGCAUUUGAUUCAUCUUGAGCUGAAUAUGGGUAACACUAAAUGUUUUAGACAGUCUCCACUAAAUUAUGGAUUUUUCUUGUGGCUAAAUGUUUCUGGAGAGGUCAGAGUUGACAAAACCUCUUCACAGAUUGCUCCUUCUUCCUGAAAUCCUUAAUCCUCCACAUCUCAUGCUUCAGGUCAUUUCAGGGAAGCCUGGGUUUAGAUGCCUUUAGGACUCUCUCGGCUCCUGCACUUCUGUCAUCAUACCUCUGAUACUAUUAUUUCUGUUCCUUCCCCACUAGGAACAGGAACCACGUUUGUCACAGUCACUCUCAUUCCUCACUGCCUAACAGGGUGCCUGGCACAAGUUGGGACAAUAGAUAUUUGUUGAAUUAAAAUAUAAUUUGCAUGUUUUGCGGGCUCAGCUAUGUUCUCACUUUUUUUGCUUCUAAUUCCAGAAUAUAUAUGUUAAAUGAUCCUAAUAAUUUUCUUAUAAGUCUUAUUAAACAUUAGUCAUAAUAGACAUAAUAAAUUAUGCCUUCUUUUUCUAUUGCCUUA